GGGACACAAGAUGGCGGCGGCGGCGCUGGGGAGGGCGAGGCGGAGGCGGCCAAACGGGCGGCUAAGGAGAGUGUGUAGUCGUAUCCCCCCGAGUCCGCUCCGGGCAGCUGCAGGUCUGACGAUGCCCCUGGUACUUUGCCCAAGCCACUGCUGACCCGUCCACCCACCCACCCACCCACCAGUGCCCAACCGCACCUAGCAUUUGCCUCUGGCCACCCCUGGGGGAAUCCUGCAGUGACUCCAGAGACGCGGGGGUUGGUGAAGGUCUGGAGGCGCCUUCUUUUCGUGCUAAUGCUGCAGACCCCAGAGGGUCUCAUGCUGUUGCUGAGAGAUGGCCAAUGAGAACCAUGGCAGUCCUAGAGAGGAAGCAUCUCUGCUGAGUCACUCCCCAGGCACCUCUAAUCAAAGCCAGCCUAGUUCCCCCAGGCCCAUCAGACUGGUACAAGACCUUCCAGAUGAGCUGGUACAGGCUGGCUGGGAGAAGUGUUGGAGCAGACGAGAAAAUCGCCCUUACUACUUCAAUCGCUUCACCAACCAGUCACUGUGGGAGAUGCCAGUCCUGGGUCAGCAUGAUGUCAUUUCGGACCCUUUGGGGCUGAAUGCGGCUCCGAUGCCCCCAGACGCUGGAGUUGUGGAAACACCAGUGGAAAGCAAGCCCAGGAAAAGGAGGCUUUCAGAGGAGCAGCCCAGUGGCAACAUCGUAAAGAAGCCCAAGGUUGAAGUUCCAGGGACUCCUUCUGCCCAGUCUGUACCCAGCUCCCCUAGUGUGCCUGGGACACCAACUGUGAAGAUAUGGGGCCCAUCCCCUGAAGACAAACAGCAAGCAGCUCUCCUCCGGCCCACCGAGGUGUACUGGGACCUGGACAUCCAGACAAAUGCAGUGAUCAGACAGCGGGGGCCGUCUGAGGUCCUGCCCCCGCACCCCGAGGUGGAGCUGCUCCGCUCCCAGCUCAUUCUAAAGCUUCGCCAACAUUACCGGGAGCUGUGCCAGCAGCGUGAAGGCAUUGAGCCACCGAGGGAGUCCUUUAAUCGAUGGAUGCUUGAGCGCAAGGUGGUGGAUAAGGGGCCUGACCCUUUGUUGCCAAGCAACUGUGAGCCAGUUGUGUCUCCUUCCAUGUUUCGAGAAAUCAUGAACGACAUUCCCAUCAGGUUAUCCCGAAUCAAGUUCCGGGAAGAAGCCAAGCGGUUACUCUUCAAAUAUGCAGAAGCUGCCAAGCGACUUAUUGAGUCCAGGAGUGCGUCCCCAGAUAGCAGGAAGGUAGUGAAGUGGAAUGUGGAAGAUACUUUCAGCUGGUUACGGAAGGACCACUCAGCUUCCAAGGAUGACUACAUGGACCGUCUGGAGCACUUAAGAAAGCAGUGUGGCCCCCAUGUGUCAGCUGCGGCAAAAGACUCAGUGGAGGGUAUAUGUAGCAAGAUCUACCACAUUUCCCUGGAGUACGUCAAACGAAUCCGGGAGAAGCAUCUUGCCAUCCUCAAGGAGAACAACAUCCCGGAGGAGGCAGAGGCAGCAGAAGUGGAGCAGCGACUUGUCUAUUGCUACCCGGUACGGCUGGCCGUGCCCUCACCUCCCCUGCCUAGUGUGGAGAUGCACAUGGAGAACAACGUGGCCUGCGUGCGCUACAAGGGGGAGAUGGUCAAAGUCAGUCGUAACUUCUUCAGCAAACUGUGGCUCCUCUAUCGCUACAGCUGCAUCGAUGAUUCAGCUUUUGAGAGAUUCCUGCCCCGAGUCUGGUGUCUUCUCCGACGUUAUCAGAUGAUGUUCGGGGUGGGACUGUAUGAGGGGACAGGCCUACAGGGCUCACUCCCAGUACAUGUCUUCGAAGCUCUGCACCGGCUCUUUGGCGUCAGCUUUGAAUGUUUUGCCUCCCCCCUCAACUGCUACUUCCGUCAGUACUGCUCUGCCUUUCCAGACACCGAUGGCUACUUUGGUUCCCGAGGGCCCUGCCUGGACUUCUCCCCACUGAGUGGCUCCUUUGAGGCAAACCCUCCGUUCUGUGAGGAGCUGAUGGACGCUAUGGUGUCUCACUUUGAGAAGCUGUUGGAGAGCUCCCCAGAGCCCUUGUCCUUCAUUGUUUUCAUCCCGGAGUGGCGGGACCCCCCCACACCAGCACUAACACGAAUGGAGCGGAGCCGUUUUAAGCGCCACCAGCUGGUGCUGCCUGCCUUUGACCACGAGUAUCGAAGUGGCUCCCAGCACAUCUGCAAGAAGGAGGAGCUCUACUACAAGGCUGUGCACAAUACGGCUGUGCUGUUCCUGCAGAACGAUCCUGGCUUUGCCAAGUGGGAGCCAACGCCAGCAAGGCUGCAGGAGUUGACCACGGCCUACCGGCAGUCUGGUCGAAGUCAUGGCUCCAGUUCAGGGAGCACUUCGUCUUCCUCUUCCUCUGAGGCCAAGGACCGUGACUCUGGCAGGGAGCAGAGCACCAGCCGAGAGUCAAACCCUACUUAGCAGGCAGUGGAAAAGAGGGCUGUUGAGCUGUGGGGGUUCAGGCCUGUCUUCCUUACCUGACCCUAGUCUCAGCCCCAGGAACACGAUGCCAUCAUCCUUCAUGGGGCAGCAGAAGGGUCAAGGCUGCCACUGACAUAGGAAGAAUGUGGUCCUCUAUGGCUCUCCUCACACACACAUAUCUUCCCUCAACUUCCUUAAAACUUCAUGCUCACUCCAUGUCCCUUGUGAAUAGUCCCACAUCCUCCCUGUCCUGUCGCUAACGCUGUUUCACGUGUAAAAGAAAAUACAGAAAAGCCCCAAGACUGUGUGAGGGUUCUGGAAGGAGGAGGGGGCUUCCCAGGCCCCCUUCCUGGGAGCCCAUGUCCAGGCCCAAUCAUGGUUGCUGCCUUUUCCUAUGCCACUUCAUAUCAGUGAGAUGUUCUCUCUGCACACACACGACAUUGUCCCUUUUUUCUCUUAUACACCCACUAGCUGCAGGUCAGGGAGAUAAGGGAGUCCUUAAGGCCUUUGGUAUGUUUUAGUGAACAAGCCCUAAGCCCAGCAGUCCUGGCUUUUAGGGCCCUGUGUUCCUGGGGACAUAGGGAUUCGCACAACUCCCUGACCAGCCUUGGAGUGAGCCUUAUGGGCAGGGGACAAGAAACCAAAUCAGGCCAGGAACCAGAUUCUUCUUCCUUGCAAGGGUUUUUAGUAGGCCAGCUGAACCCUUACAGGUUAUAAGAGCUAAUGGGCCCUGUCUGGUCUUCACUUCAUCUGAGUAGUCUUACCCAUUGUGUAUAGGGACCUUUGAAUGAGCCUACCCCAUGCCACCUAAAACUUGUCAAUUAGGGUUCCUUAGGCCUGUGGAUUAUCAACUCCUAGUAUCCCAACGACAAACUGGCAGGAGUUUGAGAAAGCCUUUGUAGGGCAAAGGGACCAUAGUCUAGAAAUGCAUGAUUCUAGAAUUCGAAAGUAAUUCAGUAAUAAUCUUACUUCAACCUGAGCAUGACAACAAGCUCUGAUACUACCUGUGAUCUUAUGCAAGUCACUUCUCUCUCUGAGCCUAAUUUUCCUCAUCUGUAAAGUGAGGGGGGUUGGGUGAGAUGAUCUCUAAGGUCUUUUAAAGCUCUGUCUUUGUGACUGAAUUUCUGUAAAAUGAUACCUUCCCCAA